AUGUCAAGCGGAAUACAACCGAGACGUUUAUUCAAGUCCGUUUCAUCCUCAACAUCAUCCUCAUUAUGGAUAUCUCGGAAAGGUCCAUUCACAUCCUUAUGGUUAGCCUUGUUGUUGGGCAAGAUGAAUUCGAGCCAUCAUGAUACUUUGGAUCAUCAUCGGCUCUAUCAUGGAUCAUUCUUUAGAAAUCAAAACAAUCAGGAUCAACGCCAACAACAAAAUCAACAACAAUAUUAUUAUUAUUACCACCCUCAGCAUGCUGGUUAUUCACCAUCAACAGCAAUCAAUAAUAAUUUAAAAACAAAUCCCGAUCCGAACAUCACCACCAUGGGCUCGCAACAAAAUUCUCCCAUUGUCGUACAACAUCUCAUUCAAGAUAUUAAUUUGGAGCGCCGAAAACGUAGACGAUCCAACAGGAUUAUUUUCUUCUUGUUGAUCAUGUUGGGUGUUGUCUCUUUUGAAUAUUGGAAAUUAUAUGAAAAGUUUAAUCAGAGAUUCAAUUUUGAGGAUUUAAACAAGUUAUUCCGAAAAGAUCCAUCUCUAUUGCCAGAGGAACUUCCAUUUUGGAUUAGUCGUAUUCUUCCUAAAAAAUCAAAACCUACCGAUGAAGAAGAAGGUGAAGUCAAGAGUAAUGUUGAUCUCAAUUCAGAAGAAUUGAAAAAGUGGUUGCAAAUUGCAAAAAACUUGAAACAAGAACGUGAAUAUAAUGAUUGCAUUCGAAUUUUGGAAAAUAUUUUAUGGAAAUAUCCAACAUCUUUUGCAGCGAGAGAAUUGUACGCUCUUGUGUUAUUGGACAAAGGACUUUACCGAUCUGCAUUGAAGCAAUUCGAGAAUGCUGUCAUUUAUUCAGCUACUCCAACCUCAGAAGCUUCAUGCUACAACAAUAUGGGGGUGUGUCUUUCAAGACUGAAACAGCACAAGGAAGCAGUAGUUUGUUAUGACCAGGCCAUUCAAACAGCGCCUUUUGACGCUAAAAAUCGAGGACUGUACUUCUUCAACAGGGCCAUUUCACAUCAACACAACGGAGAUUAUCAGUUGGCAAUUCAAGACUAUUCUCGAUCGAUUCAAUGGGAGGAGGGACCAGAACAAAAUGCUAGCUCACUAUCAAAAAAGUACAAGCAACGCGCUACCUGCUACUUUUUACUCAAACAAUAUGAAAAAUCUGAACGGGAUUACACUCAAUGCAUUCACUAUGAAGAGCAAGACAAGAAUGUAAACAUUAACCACAAAGCGGAAACUUAUUAUUUGAGAGCCAAAGAUUAUAGAAAGCUCAAAAAUUACACAUCGGCCCUUGCAGAUCUCGAUCGAGCUAUUGAGCUCAAGAAAACAGAUCCUGCAUUAUUCCAUGCUCGAGCUGUCACCUACAGAAAACUAGGAAAUUAUGAAAAAGCUUUAGAAAAUCACAACAUGGCUCUCCAUUUAAAAUCAAAUUCAGCCAAGUACAAGGAUAGCAUGAAUAAGACGAAUCUCUUGUUGCAACAAGAACGUGCUGCACUGUCGCAACAACAACAACAACAACAACGAACUCCUCCAUCAACCUCUUCGGAAGAUCAUCAUAUGUCCAACAGCAGUACAGAUUCCACGUCGCCACCAUCGAAUAUUGUCGCAGGCAGUGGCAACACAACAAAUCUCACCAGUAAUAACAAUAAUACCAUUGUUCCAAGCGGUGAAGUGAAUAAAUAA